AUGUCGGUUCCUACUCGACAUGUGCGAACUCGCACUGGUUGCUGGACUUGUCGCUUCCGCAAGAAGAAGUGUGAUGAGGCCCGGCCCGCAUGUGAGCAGUGCUCUCACCUGCGAUUGAUAUGCGAUGGGUACGAUGGCCAGCCGGUCUGGAUGAAAGAUCCGGAGAAAGCCGCUGAAAAAAAGGCAGAGAUCAAGAAGCAAAUGGUAAGGCGCAGCAGGCGGCGGAAGAAGAACCAAGAUCCAACCAAGGCCCAGUUGCCAUCUCAGAGACCUCAUGCCCCCCUUCCAAAUAUCAAUCCACCUACGCCUCCGCCAACCACCAUUUCAAACAACGAUACUAGCUUUCAACAACAGCCGGAACAAAUAUCAGGGAUAUCUCUGCCUAUAACAAUUUGCGAAAAUGAUUUUCCGACCAGAUUUUCGACAUCGUCGCCGGAGGAAUCCGGGUCCAUGGAUUUUUCACCCUUUAACAUGAGGAGUAUGCAUUGGGCCGUUAACCUGCCGAGUUCGAGACCCCAGAGCCAUACAUUAUCACCACCAACAACAUGCACUCUACCGUCCCGGGAAUCGACACGGGCACCCUCUGUGGAAGGCACGAUCAAGGAGGAUCCCGAGGAAGAAGUCGACGUAUACGGAGAGGAUAUUAUGGAAGUGCCAGAUUCAGCCGAAUCGUCUAGCCAUACAGAAAUCGCACAUUAUGGCGCCCGUAGAGCGACUGUCGCUCUCCACAAUUUCUCGGAACUUCAAAUACAAACCGAUAAUCCAUUGGAUAUCAAUUUAGCAAACUUAUACUUGAAAACAAUCUUUGGUGUAACGUAUCGGGCACUCUCCGACGAACAAGUUAUUAGGUACAACUCUGCAUUGAUUGUUCCGAUGUUUAAUGACAACAAGUCUUUUCUCCACGGAUGCCUUAGUAGCACGGCAUUACACCUCACAGCAACAAAUAUCUCGGAACAUCAGAGGAAAGCCUUGGUUACGGAAGUUUUCCGGCAUCGGCAAAAAAGUUUGAAAUCGCUAAAGCACCAAGUUGCACAUAGCAAGAACGAAGGAGAACGGAUUAAAAUUGCCGCGACUGUCUGUGCACUCAUUUCAUUCGAAGUCUUCUCGCGGCGAACCGACUGGCAAGUCCACGUCAAAGCUGCCACUGAUUGUGUGGUCCUCUUAAACUGGUGCGACCAACGCCCUACCGAUCCCGGACAAUGGUUCAUCUACUCUCGUAUUCUUUGGCUCGACAUUCUUUCUUCUAUAACCACUGGCAAUAAACCCGUCUUUUCGAACUUUUAUCGCGAUAUUUUAUUCUUGCAACCGGAACAACGAAACAAAGUCAAUGGACUUGUUGAAAUGACUGGAUGCGAAGAUGCUGUUCUUUACCUGAUAUCGGAAAUCACAUGUCUGGAGCAAUGGAAGUUUGAAAGCUUGUCAUUACAAAAUUAUCCUCUUAUCCAGGCAGAACUUAUCCGCAGGGGAGAAUUUUUCGAUCGAGAUCUCAAGCAACUCGCUAUCACUGAUCUCAAAAACAGAAGUCCGAGGUCGGAGUACAGCUAUUGCAACUAUAAUUCAGUCCACACGUCACCACACGCUGAUGAAAUGGGCUAUUCCGGGAGCGAAUUUGCCGACGGGAUAGAUGUGGACUCUAAUUUUGAUGGCGAGGACGAUGACGACGAUAUCUCAUACGGCGACGAGGACCCCUCCCAAGAAGUUAACGAAGUUGUCGACGGAAUUGUUCGGCGAAACUCGGGUUACACAGUCUUAGAAACUCCAUAUAAUAAUCAUCAUCAUCAUACCAGUCCUACCUCGCCAACUGAGACUGACGGAGGGGACGUCUUCGUUACAGAUGGUACCAAAGAGUUGAUUGAGGACCGUGGUACUUUUAGGAAAGCAGUAACCGAGGCAUUCAGGAUCAUGGCUAGAGUCUACCUCCGUAUUGUAGUAUACGGGUUCAAUCCGCUGGAUCCUGAAUGCCAGUCCCUACUACAAGAAAUGCUCGCCGUCAUAGACUAUAUCCCGAGCCUAUACAUGGGCUACGAACGUUCGAUAAUAUCUCCACUCUUAAUCGUGGGAUCGCUUGCCAGGCGACCCCAAGACCAGCAGAUCAUUUCCGCGAGGCUGAAGAAAACUGCACAUAUGGCGAAGUACGGAAACCUAGGGAACGUUGAUAAAAUUUUGACCGAGAUAUGGUCAAGAGAAUGGAUUCCAGAUCCUCGGCAGAUGGUACCAUGGCGGCAGAUUAUGAAAGAGAAGAACUGGGAGUACCUGAUGGUUUGA